UGCGUACCUAAGGUACCUAGGUACUCCAUAUUCAGGGGAGAGAAUGACACGAUGAUGAAUCGAAAAUAACUGCGCUUGGACCAUAACGCACCAGUUACGAAGCUAUGCCUAAUGUAGAAGGCGGUGGGGAAGACGGUGAGGUUUUGCCGGCGGAAUUUUAAUUCAAUCAAUUCGAAGCUGGAAAUUUUACUUUGCGCCAUGUGAAAUGUGAUAAUAACAGCGAUUUUACGACUCUUACCUAGCUCAUCCCGCCUUUCGUCAUAUCUCAUAAAUAAAAUAAAAUAAAGGAUAAAAAUGGCAAGUUAUGAGCAAGACAGGCAGAAAAAACGCCGUCUCACAGAAGACGGCGACUACGUAGAUACCUCAAAGCCGACCGCCUUCUUUAAGCCUACCCAGGGUCGGGAUUGGACUAUCUCCGUAGCUGUCCCGGGAAGUGUUCUUUUGACCUGCCGUCGGGACGAUCAACGCACGGGCGUAGUGUCUCACAUCGCGCGUGCGCUCGCCGUAUUCAGCGUAGACGAAAUCGUCAUAUUCGACGACUCGCACCCGGACACCCGGCCCAAGCACGUCGACCCCGCGGCAUAUACCGGGGACGUCGACCCAUGCGGGUACCUCGACCACCUGCUGCAGUACCUGGAGAUGCCGCCGUUCAUGCGGCGCACGCUGCUGCCCAUCCACCCCAACCUGAGGGGCGCGGGGCUCAUGGCGAGCUUGGACAUCCCCUCGCACCCGCACUCCACCGACUGGCUACCAUACUGCGAAGGUGUGACGGUGUCCGGGACGCCGAAGGGUGGGAAGGGAACGCUCGUGGACGUGGGCAGGAAGGAGCCCGUGACUAUUAGCCACGAGGUCCCGCCCAAGACCCGGAUUACGGUUCGGAUGGACGAGAACGAUCCGUCGAGGGCGGAACCGGUAGACCCUAGCGUGCCGCGUGUCGAGGGAGGUUACUACUGGGGAUACUCGGUGCGACGCUGCGAUUCGCUCGCCAACAUUUUUGAAGAGUGCACCUACGAAGGCGGGUACGACCUAAACAUCGGAACGUCCGAGCGCGGCGUGUCUAUAUCGGAAGCGUUUCCCGAACGAAAGAAGAGUAAGGACGCGAUGGCCUUCAAUCAUCUUCUCAUUGUCUUCGGCGGGCCCCGAGGUCUUGAGAAUGCGGCGGAGAACGACCCCCAGUUGAAUGGCAUGGGGAUUGUGAAGGGGCGAACUAAGGAACUGUUUGAUCACUGGGUCAAUAUUCUACCCAGUCAAGGGAGUAGGACUAUCAGGACAGACGAGGCUCUGUUUAUCGGAUUGGCAGGAUUACGGAGAUUAUGGGAAGGGAGGUAAAUGUUCAUGAUAUUGACCCAGAUAUUCAAAAGAAAAGCAUCGGAAGCAUAAAUCCGCUAGGUUAGGGACUCUAAAACUAA